AUGCCACCACGGGCAAACGCGAAAUCGGCGGCGUCAUCAGCCACAAGCAGAGCAAAAUCCAGCACAGCAAAAGGGAAACAGCCUGUGCGGUCCCGGAGCCGUCUCCAGCAGCCAGACUCUGACGCGGCGUCGGGCUCGGAACCAGAUGCCGAUGAGUUUGACGAGGACGAUGAUGACGACCCGUUCGCGGAGGAGGACACGGCUUCGAUAGCCAGACGCCGGAGCAGCACCGGGAAGCAGUCUGGAAAGCAGAGCAGCAACAGCCAUAAGCGGCAGCGCAUGGACGUCGACGGGGGCGGGGACGACGAUGAUGGUGGCGAGGAGGACGAUGAAGACGCGCCCAAGUCGAUCCCGCCAGACCUCCUGACGCGCAUCAUGCACGAGUUCUUUGAGAAGAACGGCACGCGGAUAUCCAAAGACGCAAAUGCCGCGGCAGCAAAGUACAUGGAUAUCUUUGUGCGGGAGACCAUUGCCCGGGCCGCGGUCGAGAAGGAGGCCGGGUUCGUAGAGGUUGAGGACUUGGAGAAGAUUGCGCCUCAAGUCCUGCUGGACUUGUAG